AAUCAGUGAGGUGGGCGUGGUCGUCGCGUAGCUGCAACCUGUCAAUCACUGAGAGAGCGCGCGCGUGUGUAAUAUCUCCCCUCAGACAGUUUUAGUUUAGAUUUGUUAGUUAUGUCCCGUUUUAAGUGCACAACUGACCGGUUUAACUCGGUUGUCUUGUAUUAAUUAAAUGAAUUGAAUUACUCUAUCGCUCGUCAUUUAAACAGAACCGACAUUUCACGAUAUAUUCUGCGCGAUCGCUUAAGUAUGGAAUUGACAGGCCACAUCAAAACCAGACCAUUUUAAAAUUUUACAAUUCCGUUUAACUGAGGGGUAAAAUGUGUACUUUCCCUGAAAACUGCACUCCAAUCGCGUGAAGAUCAUAUCUUGUAAAUUCUUAGCUUUUUUGUUUACUUUUUAAGCUGCUUUGGUGUGAUUUCAACAUGAAUUCCUGUGGUCAAACCCAACAAAUGGUCAGUUUCAUGGCUGUCGGGUAUAAGGGCAUUGAUUACAUCUCUGAGGCCUCAGUCAGACGCAGAAUGAUGAUCAGCUUGUUAGAACUUCCGGUUCCGUUCCAGCUGGUCAGUAACAUCUACCCACACAAUGGACACGUGCAGGACAAAGCUUACAGAGUACCAUGGAAGAACAAAACGUCAGUUUGUACUCUACAAGUGACUGGGUCUGUAAUGGAUGAUUUGAAGGCCAGCACACGUUUCAGUGACUGUUUGGAGAGGUUUAAUUUGUUGCAGACAGGAAGAGGCCAAGAGGAAGUGGUUCCCAGCUCUAACCCUGCCUCUCAGUGCAGUAUUUCUACCACAGAAGCCCUCUGGCUCUUAGAUGGAGUUGAGAGCAGUACCACCAGAUCACCUUGGGAAGAGAGUUUUAGUCCAUGUACACCAGAUACAUGCUGUGAUGAUCUUUCUCUGCCAGAGGAGGUGAUAUUCAGUGACCAUCUGCAGCAGUUCAAAAGCCACCUACCACCAUUUCAAAUGAUGCUUCAGAGGCUAAACAUCAUUAUUGUCUCGGAUCCAGUUCUCAAUUCAUCAGUAAAUCUCUUAGAAGAGGUUAUUUUUAGACACUGUGCUUCCUACGAUGCAGUGUUAGACAAGGUAACAGGUGCCACGUUUACUUUAAAUGCUACAGAAGAGUUCAAAAAAGAGGCAGUACUGAACGAAGAGUCUCUGAUGUUGCCUGUUGAAGUUCAAAUGGACUGCGUUCCAAGACAUGAGCCCAAUUAUUCCUUUGCGCAAAUGCAAGAUUUUCUAAAUGUCACCCGUGAACCAAUAGAAGAAUGUUUCCCUUUAAAAGAUCUUCUCAAAGAAGGUAAAACUACUACUAUACAAUGCCCCCAAAGAGUAUUUGGAAACUUAAAAAUUUCUGAAUGUCAUUUGCAUUACAAUCAGACAUCACCUCUGGAUAAACACACGGCUGAGUUGGAGGUCCUGGAAAUGCCUGAAAGCUGCUUUGCUAACAUCACCUUCAAGGAGCCACAAUCUCCAGUUGCUUCGAGGUCUUAUGCUGAGAUGGAAUUAGACCUGCUUCUUUCACCAUGUGGUCAUACACUGUGUCUACCAGACCUGUGUAUGUCCAGCAGACAGCUGUCAGCUGAGAUUAUGUCACCGGUUUAUAAGCCGCAUUUCAUGUCAGACAGUGAUUGUGAAAAUAUGGAAAAAGCUGUUUGGAUGGCAGAGAAACAUCCCCAAUGUGUGGCUCGAUUUUUACUUGCUGAACCACAGGUAGCUAAGCCAUUGGUCCACAUUCAGUCACUCCCAGAGCUUCUCACACUCCUGAAGGUGGAGAUGGAGCAGGUUGCAGAACCCAAAGACAAUAUGGGCCAGUUUCACCUCACUGGCAGUACAAUGAUGCUUCCUGAAAACGUCUUCAGAAAUCUCUCCAUCUAUACUAAGAAAAUGUCCACAGAAGACUGUAAGAGAGCUUUGAGAAAGCCACAUGUGGAUGAAACGUUCUCACCACUGUCUAUUGUGAAAAUAGAUGAGUUGCUGAGUAAGUGUGCUUCAAAUGCAGCAUUGGCACCUUCAGGUCAUCCUACUGCAGUUCACCUUUCCCAGAGUAAACCACUGCAGUCAGCUGUACCUGCACAGGUGGAUAAAGGUACGACUGUGAAGUUCUUUAUAAUGGAGUCUCACCAACAAGACAUUUCUACAGUGACAACAACCAGAGGACACUGUAAAGCUGCAGAGAUAAAGCAACACCAGUCUAGUCCAGCAGAAAGAUGCUCUGGGAAUUCCUCCAUAAGUCCUUCAGAACAGCAGCCCGUCAUCUCUAAAGUGAUUGAGAAGUCUAAGUUUUCUUCACUGAAGCCCAGUGUUAAACAUAUUGAAGUGAUAUCCAAUAUACAAACCCUUCUUAAGCAGUCAGAACAGAGAAGAGAAGAUAUGAUCUCUAAAUCAUCUCCAUUAUCAAACAGUUUGAGAGGAAGAAAGAGAAAUAAUUCUGUUGUUCUGUCUCAUGAAGACCUGAACCCUUUGUCGUCUUUUUUGACAUUAAGAACAAUGCAAAUGCAAAAACCUCAACGGAGCAGUCUAACAUCUGCAGAGGUAAAUGUGAGUCAGAAUUCUGCAGGAAAAGCCUUGCUAGAGAACAGAAUAAAAACAGCGAAUCACAUCUCAGAAACACAAAGCAGUGUCAUUGCCGCUGAGACGAGCUUUCCCCGUGAAGAGAAACAAGAGACCAUCAGCAAGACUGUAUACGUCCAAGCCACAGAGUGUCAAAGAGAUGCAUAUAAGGAGCUGCAUGCUUUGGCUCUGCCCUCUUUGGGUAAAAUGCAGGAGCUGGGCAUCUCUGCUUUGAACAACAGAGACUUUGGUACUCUGUCUUCUGAACUCACAAGAUUCCUCGUAAAGCAGCAAGGGAGAAUGCUUCAGACAGAACAGAAUGGGGACAGUGUGUUUAAUGAAAUGACACUGCUACAUAUUCUGGUCACGCUGAAGGAACAUGUUCUUCUCACAUGUGACCUCAGCACAGCCAAUGGUUACCUGGCUAAUGUGAAGGAUUCCUGUGCUCUGAGCUGUCUGGAUGAGCUGUUGAGAAAGUUUGAGGUGCUGCAGCAUCUGAUUCAGAAGAGACAAGAACCUAAUCCUAAACUCCUGGAGCUUCAGGAGCAGAUCAACACAUGGAUUAAUUCCCAUACUAACCACAACACUAAAGUUCUAGUUUUGACAGUGAACCGUGUAAACACAGAGUUGCUUGUAGCUCUCAAUCAGGUACGAGGAAACUCUGUGUCUGAAGUCAUCCCCGUUGAAGGAAAGAGUAAAGUUGUGAGCAGAGAAGUGAUGGACAGACUCUCCUGCAGUAAAUGUCUUGUUGUGUGCAGUCAGCACGUUGGUCCUGACUUCCCGUGGCAGAGUUUCAGUGUGGUGUUUGAGCUUCACUCUGUGGGUCACUCACCCUCCGGCAGUGUGUGUUCAGAGAGAAACAUCAACUUUAUCUCCUUCUCCACUGCAGUGCCUGAAUCCAAUUUCUCAGAAGAAUCUACUUCUGCAUCAUAUCUGGACACUAUUUCGUUUGUGUUGUUCGUCACUGAUGGUUUACUGCAACGCUUAAAGAUGCAACGCACACUGGAGACAAUGUACAAUAUGGUUCUGCUGGAGAGGAAACACUCUCCAUCUGCACUGCAGCUGGGUGGAACCCAUUAUGAUGUCAUCACCGUGGAUGAGAACACCGCCAUCCUCAUCCAGGAGCUGGGUGAGUUGGACAUGAGGAUUGGAGUGGUGUCUGAGCGUGUCGUCAUGAGACUCACAGUCCUCUCUCUGCAGUUCAUCCGCUGCUGGGUCAUUCUGCACUGCACUGAGAACCACAGGGCGCUGAUUUCCAGUAACAUCUAUAUCAAUCUGCUUCAUAUCUACUCUGCAUCUGUGUUGUUUGGAAACAAGCCUGAGAAGUUUGAUGUCAAGGUGUUACUGGUGUGUGAGGAAGAAGAGAUAGCCAGCUACAUCUAUAAGAUCUCCUUACAUACGCUGAUGAACUCGGAGAGAGAUGGACUGAGCUGGUUGGAUAGAGGCUGGCUUAGUGUGCAGCCCACAGAGGCGGAGCGUUGCCUUCUGCAGUUUCCCUGCAUUAAUCCUCUGGUUGCUCAACUGAUGUUGAGAAGAGCUCCAUCACUGCAGUGGCUGCUGGGAGCUUCUUUCUCUGAGCUGCAGGAAAUGUUCCCACAGAUCCCUCACAAAGUCAUUAAGCUCUUCAGUGACAUCGCAGCUGAGUCCAAAGUCAAAAAGAGUGAGACUACAUCCUUCUCAAACAUAAGCAGCCAAACUCACUCUCCCCUCUGGGAACAGGAUCCUGUUAAACCACAGAUACAGCUGGAGGAUGAGACGCCGCCUAACCAGUUUACAGAGCUGAAUUCAGGUCAUAACAGAAUGAGAGGAGAGGAUACAGCUCAUUUUCACUCAUACAACCCAUUAACGCCAAGCCAGUUCAGCCGAGGUUCAACUACAGCGAGCGCCUGGCAGCUACAGGGUGAAGGAUUCAUUCAAAACCCAGAUCUCAUGCCAGGCCGAGCUGUUCCACGAGGGUCUGCCGAUGUUCCCUCGGCUCUGCCCACUCCUGAAGUGCUGGGAGGCAGAAACACUGCGUGCGGAUUCAGCUUUAGACCGCAGAGUCAGACUCACUGGAGCUCACCUGAGAAUGAUCUGCCCAACAAGACAGGAGAGGAGAGGAAGAGGCGAGGAGAAGAUGUGCACAGUGUGCUUCCGCACAGCAAGAGAGGAAGAUUGCUAUGUGAACGAGUUCCAGGCAGAAAUGACGGACAGACCAGACUGAGAUUUUUCUGAGGAAGUUUUGCUACUUCAAGUAUAUCACUCGCUUGAGUGAUAUUUUAGAAUAUUUCUCAUGCUCAUCUGUAUUUUCAGUUUUCAUAUAGAAUGUAAUGUUACAUUAAUACAGUUCAGUCAAAUGUCCAUUAAAAUAUGUUUAUAAUUUAUAGUAAAUGUAUAAAAUGAAUGGUUUAUAAUAAAUGUAGAUAUUGUUCUAAUAAUUAGUACAUAUUAAUGUUUAAACUAUCAGCCUUUAGGUGCAUUUAUAUCAGUAUUUAUAUCAUAAUGACAGUUGCAAUAAAAAAAAAAAGAAAGUCAAAUCAAACAUUUCUUUUCAAAUUGACAUGAUUAUAAAUACACACACAUUUUCUUAGAUUUAAUAUUUUUUAGUAUUACUUAUUUUUUAGAGGGUUCCCACAGUUGUGACAAUUUACUCACUUUGUUUUCCAGGACUUUAAAUGUCAUGAAAAUUUAUGA